CCGUCACCGUUUCCUGUACGUCCACAGGUGUCUUGCAGGUGCUCGGGUCGUCCACGUGCGUUUCAUGGCCGACGUCUUUCGGAGGCUGCCACUGCUGGUGCUGGUCGUCUUCCUGCUUGUCCUCGUAGUGCUCUUCCACGUCUGUGUCGUCGGCAUCGUUCCACGACGUGGGCGCAGGCGACGGUGUGCAAAGAAGGACGUCAGUAUGGAUGGGCGGCAGGCGGUUUGCAGGUCUGCAGGGGGUGAGGGUGGUGGCCAGCGGGCCGGGCAGAGCCCGUCUAGAGGUUCAAGGGCGGUGGAGCGGUCGGAGAACACGCACCUGCCACCGCACUUGCAGCCUUUGCCGGACACAUCGGACGAGGAGGAGGACGACAGACGUUCACGUGCCGUGCCGCUGGGAAGCGGGUCUACGCAGGAGUGGACGGCCACAGAGCGUUGUGGAAGCCGCGAGCCCAGUUACGGGCAGUCAUACACCCAGCUCCUCCAGCAGGGCCUGAGCGGCGACGAAGGAGAUGGAGGUGUGAAUCUCACGUUCGGUCUGUGCAGUGGGAGGUCGUCGACUUCGAUGCGGACAGUGCUAGUCGACAACCGUCCCGAUGACGAUGGCGGUCAGGUGACGGCUGUUGCACGACCGUCGAAGUCUCCAGCGUCGUCGGUCCGCCAACUGCGAGUGGUGGACGACAAAAACGACGGCGACGCACCUGAUGUCGGCGGCAAUGAUCAAGACUUGAACGACGACGACUGCGGGGGUGGGGAGGACAACGCAGGUCAAGUGUCGCCAUCCAAGCAAAGCAGCAUGGGGGGGAAGGGUGGGAGGGCGAAGGCGUCUGUUCGCAACGGUCGGCGGGGGAAGAAGGUGAUGGGGAAGGGGAGCGACGUCGAAGCUGACGGCGAUGCAGAAGGCGGUCGUUAUUUUUGGUCCGUCGACGACAUGGUGGCCCUGAUACGGGCUAAACGUGACCAGGACGCGCAUCUGCAUGGAAUGGGCACCGCUUACGUUCGUAUGAAGCCGCGAGAAUGGAAGUGGUUGGAUGUGGAGCAAAGGCUGAAGAAGGUGGGCGUGGAGAGGGAGGCAGAACGGUGCGGGAAGAAGUGGGACAAUUUGAUGCAGCAGUUCAAGAAGUUCACAGGGAAGGAGCGGUUGUCGAAGGGCUUCAGUUUCAACAUGGAUCGUGCGGUUUACGAUAAGAUUUUGGGGUCGACUUCCAAGAGCCACACCAUUAACCCCAAGAACGUCGCAGACACUGGUGCUCCGGGGGGGGUGCGUCUGCCGUCGGCGAAUUCUGGUGAUCCGGAGUCUGUCGGGGAUGGGGACGCUGCUGUAGGGCUGGACGACGACGACGACGGGUCGACGAGAGAAGUUGGCGUCGCCGCACAAGGUAUUGCUCAGGAGAUCGCCAGCCGAUCUCCUGCGCAUGACGAGCGAGGGGCGUCGACAGCGGUUGCGGCGCGUGCUGCAGAUGUGGCAAAGGCAGGCGCCACAACGGCGGGUGGUGCGUCCCAGUGUGCUGAAGGGGGGAGGUCAGUCGGGGCCGCAACUGUGGGGGCUUCGCAUGCGGUGGAAGGAGCCAGGGCAGGUGGGGGGAAUGCUGGCGAAGGGAGCAGGGCAGGCGCCGUCGCUGGAGUCGGGGAGGACGAUGAAGCGCUGGCGAACAGGGUGCGCCAGCGUAGCGCGCGUGAAGGGAUCGACGCGGCGUCCAAACUGUGGGUGAACGACAUUCGUUUCUGGAACGAGACAGAGGGAAACGCAAUUGUCAAGCUCAUGCAGAAAGCGCGGCUGUAUCUUGUGGCGGAGGCGCGGGGUGUGCAGCCUCCUGCGAUUCGACGCAGCAUCGUCCUGCUACACACCACCAUCCCGCAGCACAAAAUCGACGACGAAUCGGAGUUCAGCGCUGCGCAAGACAGGGCGCUGAAGGUGCAGAUCAUCGCUCUGCGGCUGCCACUGUGGUUCGUCGGUGCUUACAUUGAAGACAGGCACGAGGACGACGAGCUGGCGGCGUAUCAGGAAGCGAGCGUCCAGAGAUUGGUGGGUGCGUUCACGAGCGCCGUGAGCACGGCGGAGGGAGUCGAUGGCGGUCGGGUGUCGCAUGAGAGGCUGAAGAGCGUAGCCGAGGCGAUGCGGGUAAUGCUCGCCGCGACGAUGUGGUUUAUGCGGAUGGGCAGUGACGAUCGUCGCGCCCAUUACGUCGCGUGGGUAUUCGUCCAGCUGACGGUGAAACCCACAUUAAUCGCAUCCAUGCAUCGCUCGCUCGACGCGCGUCGCCACAUCGUGCAGGCCGCAACUGCCAUCACGGACAAGUUGGCGAAACCCCCGAUCACCUUGCUGGCCCCUCCACUGUACAUCUCGGAUUGGGCGUCAAUCGGCGUGAAAUUCUCACAUGACGCCACUUUGUCUUCCCCAAUGGAGGCUCAAAAGCUCGAUUGGUUGAGCACAGGGCCACCGCAAGACGGCGAUGACGCCAUUGUGAACGACGAUAUGAGCGCGGGGGGUUCAUGAUGCCCUUGGGUGCGCAGGGAGAAGUUUGAUGAGGUGGGUGCAUGUGUGCACCUUCGUGUACAAUUAGAACAGGGUGUGAGCCAGGGUUUGCUGCUAGUGCGGACGACGUCGGUGGUCGUUGGGGGUGGACGUUUCUAUGUUCGUUGUCACAACAGCAAGCGCAUUCGGGCUGGGGGUUUCUUUUGGACUUUUGUUUUCAUUAACAUGUUCAUCCUUCAGUUAGGAGUUUUUUUUGUUUUUCUUCGGUUCUGUGCAUGGGAGCAAUAAGGGUGGCAAUGAUUUUUUUUUCUUCGCGCCUGCGUCGUCCACUUUGCAGCUGUCAUUAUCCGAUGGCAUACACAUUC